GGAAGGGCACUUUUGCACUCACAGAAGAACCUGAGAGGAACCUGGACGCAGGGAGCAUGAGUGUCUGGACCUCGGGCACUGCUAUCUUCCGAGGUCUUUGGGGGACAUAUGUGUCUCCCAGAAGCCCUGGCUGGAUGGCCUUUAUCCAACAUUGGGGAGUUUGCUGUUUUGUGGCUUUCAUUUCAGUGGGCCUCCUCUCUCUGGCCUUUUCCUGGUUUCUGUCCUCAUUCAUAGUCUUCACCACCUCCUGGGUGAUCACCGGUGUGCUGCUCGGCGGCUCCAAGCAUGCACGAUGUUUCAUUCUUCUCUUCUUCCUCUCUUGCGGCCUGCGGGAAGGCAGGAGCACCUUGAUUGCAGCCGGCACAGGGAUAGUAAUCUUUGGACACGUGGAAAAUAUUUUUCACAACUUCAAAGGUCUCCUGGACGGUAUGACUUGCAACCUAAGGGCAAAGAGCUUUUCCAUACAUUUUCCACUUUUGAAAAGAUAUAUUGAAGCAAUUCAGUGGAUUUAUGGCCUUGCCACUCACUUAAAUCUAUUUGAUGACCUUAUUUCUUGGAACCAGACUCUGGCGGUCUCGCUUUUCAGUCCCACUGAAGCCCUGGAGGCACAGCUAAAUGACACCAAAGACCACGCCCUGGGUGUCUUGUACCAGAUGGUGACAGCGACAGAGGUACUGUCUUCGCUGGGUCGGCAGGUACUUGCCCUAGUGGGGCUUCUGCUGGUGCUGCUUGGCACCGGGCUCUUCAUGAAACGAUUUUUGGACCCCUGCAGUUGGAAGUUUGAGAACAUCUUCAUUACCAAACAAUUUGUUCGGUUCGACGAAAUGGAGAGGCAUCUACAGAGGCCCUGCGUCCUCCCGCUGAAUAAGAAGGAAAGGAAGGACUAUGUAGUCAUCCCAUCUUUCCGGUUGUCUCCGAAAGAGAGGAGAAACCUGGGGCUGUUUUUCCUCCCCAUACUUACCCACCUCUACAUCUGGGUGCUGUUUGCAGCCAUCGAUUACCUGCUGUAUCGGCUCAUUUUCUCAGUGAGCAAACAUUUCCAAAGUUUGCCAGGGCUUGAGGUUCACUUGAAACUGCACAGAGAGGAGCAAGGAACUCAAGACAUCAUCCAUGAUUCUUCCUUUCACAUAUCUCUGUUCGAACCCACCUGCAUCCCUGAACCAAAGCUCCUUCUGUCUAAGACCUGGAUUCCUCUCAGCAUCAUUCUUGUGGUCCUAGUGGUGCUGGGCUUGCUGUCCUCCAUCCUGACGCAACUCAAAAUCCUGGUGUCGGCAUCCUUCUACCCCAGCGUGCAGGCAGAGCGCGUCCGAUACCUGCAUGGGAAGCUACUGAAGAAAAGAUCAAAGCAGGCAGUGGAAGGAGGAAGCAGUAAACAGCGUCUCUACUUCACAAAGAUUCACUUCUGGCUUCCAGUCCUGAAAAUGAUCAGGAAGAAAUGAACGGGCAUUGCAGUUGAAGGCAAUCCAUGAGAAACCCCGAGGAGCUCCUCGGCCACACCGCUGCGGCCGUUCUUCUGGAUUUCUGUGGACGCAGUUCCCCGUGCCUGCCCCACAGCAGAGAGCUGUGUUCUGUGCACCUGCUGCGGGGUGUUCGCAGCCCAAGCCACUUUUCUUCCUAAGGCCAAAGGGCUACCAGGCGUGGGAAGAGCAGGAGCAAUCAACACUGGAUUUUCGAUGCCACAGAGAAAAGGUUUUCUAAGGAAUUUGGGAUUAUACCUUAG